AUGUUAGCCAGGGCAAUCUUACAUCGGUCAGCUCUGGCCAAGAGCCGACAUUACCUCCUUGGCUCACCAAGAGAAGAUGUUUGGACAUCUAGUGUCAGAAGCAUGCAGCUGCCAGCCAGAGGGGGUGAGCUGAGUGCCUUCCCUCUCCGGUUGCAGGGGCCCCGGCCCUUCAGUGAGAUCCCUUCAAAGGGGACCAAUGGUUGGAUGAAUCUGUUCCACUUCUGGAUGGAGGAUGGGAUGAAGAACGUACAUAUUCGAUCCUUACAAGGCUUCCAACAGUUAGGCCCAAUUUAUCGGGAGAAACUUGGCAGUUCAGAAUCUGUUUUUAUCAUCAACCCUGAUGAUGCUGCCUGCCUCUUUAAGGCAGAGGGACCAUACCCAGAAAGACAUUGUUUCCAACCAUGGUUGGCUUAUCACACCUACAGGAAAAAACCUAUUGGAAUCCUGUUCAAGAGCUCUGAAAGCUGGAAGAAAGACCGGAUUUUCUUGAACCACUUUGUGUUUGCUUUGGACUCAGUGAACAAUUUUGAGCCCCUUCUCACCCCAAUUUCAGAGGACUUUGUGAAGAAGAUUUACAAGGGGAUUGAGAGGAGCAACCAAGGAAAGUUCACAGUGGACCUCAGUCAGAACCUGUUUCAAUUUGCUUUUGAGUCUAUCUGUAGCAUUCUGUUUGGGGAGCGUCUGGGACUCUUAGAAGAUUUUGUGGACCCCAAUGUCCAGGAGUUCAUCGAUGCUGUGUCUACAGUGUUUAAGACUACCAUUCCGAUGCUGAGCAUCCCUCCAGAGCUGUUCCGCAUGGUCAGGGCCAAGAUCUGGAGGGACCACGUGGCCUCGUGGGAUCUGAUUUUUGAGCGAGCUGAAGAUUAUAUACAGAGCUUCUACCAGGACCAGAAAAUGAGAUCAGGAGGCACUGAAUGUUAUCCGGGAGUUGUCUACUGUCUCUUACACAAGAAUACCAUGAAUUUUGAAGAUAUCAAAGCCAAUGUUGCAGAAAUGAUGGCAGGAGCAGUAGACACGACGGCAACGACCCUGCAGUGGUGCAUGUAUGAAAUGGCUCGGAACCUAAAGGUACAAGAUAUGCUUCGGGCUGAAGUCCUGGCUGCCCAGCGAGAUGCCCAGGGAGAUGUGAAGAAGAUGCUCAAAUCUGUUCCGCUUCUGAAAGCUGCCAUCAAAGAAACGCUGAGGUUACACCCCAUUACAGAUGCCAUAACAAGGUACCUUCCAUCGGAUUUAGUUCUCCGGGAUUACAUUAUUCCUGCCAAAACACUGGUCCAAGUUGCCAUCUUUGCCAUGGGAAGGGAUCCUAACAUCUUCUCCAACCCAGAAAAGUUUGACCCCAGCAGAUGGCUCCAAGAAGACACCUACUUCCGGGCUCUGGGCUUUGGCUUUGGUCCUCGUCAGUGCCUUGGGAGGAGGAUUGCGGAGUUGGAGAUGACUAUCUUUCUGAUGCAUAUUCUGGAGAACUUCAAGAUCGAAAUGCACAAACUUUCAGAUGUGGGGACCAUCUUUAAUUUCAUCCUGGUACCUGACAAGCACAUAGUGUUCACCUUCCGGCCCUUCAAGUCCCAGCUGUAA